AUGUCAAAUUGGCCUUUACCAAGUCCAGAUAUUCAAUACUUUCUUCGUACUCUUCCAGCUCAAAAUUCUGCUGGUCAUCCGCUUGGCCCUCUUUGGCAAGCUUUUCAUCUAGUCCAAACUGAUAAAAAACCAAAAGCAAAAUGCAUUUUUUGUAGUCCUGAUAAACCUAUAUCAGAUCAACAACUUGGCAUUUCAUCGGAUGAAUCAAUUAUACCUUCUAUGUCAGCUUCGAAUUGUUCAAUUGCUUCUAUACAAGCAAAUCAUUUUUUUUCACCACCACCAGUUGAUAUAAAUGAAUCUAAUAAUUUAUUAUUAGAAGCUAUAAUAGAAGGUGGAGCUCCUCUUUCUUUUGUAGAAUCAAAAAAAUUUAAACAGUUUGUUUAUUCAAUCAAUACACGUUAUCAUGUUCCAGCAAGAAAGCAACUUUCAAAUAAAAUUCUUGAUGUUUAUAAAAAAGUUCAAAAAUCAAUUUAUCAAUUUAUUUGCAAGUUUAAUUGGAUUUCUAUUGUGAUAGACAGAUGGACAAACAUUCGUCAAGAUCAUAUUAUAAAUUUUAUGGCUAUUGGAAAAAAUCGACAAGUUGAGCUAGUAAAAAUUAAGGAUACUUUUGGUGAAAGUCAAAAUUCGAUGGUUAUUUUUAGAGAUUUAGAGAAUACUGUAAUUCAAGUUGGCAUUGAAAAAAUUAAUGCAAUUAUUACUGAUGGAGCAGCUAAUUAUGUUCGUAUAAAGGCAAUGUUUAAUCAACAAUAUUCAAGAAUUUUAUCUUUGCCAUGUACUGCACAUGAAUCAAAUUUGUUAGUUGGAGAUAUGUUAAAACAUACAUAUAUGAAAUUAACUAUUAGUUUGACUAAUUCUUUUUUUGUGUCUCUACAACAGGUGCAAAAUAAUGAACAAUAUUUAAAAGAUACAGCAUAUGAAAUGGGAUCACGAUUAGAUAAAUAUAUCAUAUCAAUUCUUAAAGAUAAUGUAUUUUGGAAUCAUUUGCAAAAUAUUAUUCAUAUAUUGGAAUUGUAUUCACAUAUUCCAAUUAUUUUAGAAUCUCAACAUGCUACUCUUGCAGAUGUUCUUUAUUUAUGGGCUUGA